GUUUAUGUGUGUUUGGCUUGUGGCGAUGUAACAGUGCCCUCAAUAGGCAAAACAAUGGAACUGCAGGAGGAAAGGGACGAUUUUUUUUUUUUAGAACAGUUCUGCUGAGGCUUUGCUGUGUCAAAACAAAUCAAGAAAAUGAAUGGAUGGGUAAAAUUAUGAACAAAUUGUGUUUUUAGUGAGGGGAUUUUAUUCUUUACAAAUACAUACAGUAAUGACAUUUCAAUACAGAGGACCCCUGCGUUUUGUGGGGACAAGGCCAGCAAUUAGCAAAAGUCUGCGUAUUCUUUAUAUUUAUUGAAAUGCUUUGGGGAAAAAAACACAACAAGAUUUAACUGUCAAUAUGCGCAUCAAGUUAGGGGUGCCCCCCCCCCCCCCAAAUCUAAUAAACAUUUAAUCACUAUCCAAUUUGCUAGCUCUGAUGUUAUACUAAAGCCACGAUGAUGCUCCUCCCUCCGGGGGCACGUUGGCAUGGCAUCUUGGGAUCACUAAGAUACUCAGAGAUGCAUUAACCAACAUCACAGCCCUCAAUUUUUCAGUCCAAGGCCUAUGGCUAGUACUUGAUGUAUUCCUUAGGGAGGACACACAAUCCCCCCCCCCCUUGGAAAGCAAUCUCCAGCCUGCAGCUGCCAAACGACCAGCAGAGCACUUGGCUCAUGCUGGGUUCAAACAAGGGACAGGUGUGAUGUCAUCACUAUGAGACAGAAGUAGAAGCUUGUUGGCCAUCUUUCAUUCCACAGGCCUCCAUGCUCUACCUUUGUAAACAAAAAAAAAUCCUUAUUGGACUCAGUCUGUGAUUUACUUCCCAGCUUCUCUGCUUCCACUUUGGCAAGCAGCACACGUAAUGAUCCAACUCACUCAAUCAGCAGUGCGUGUGUGUGUGUGUCUCUCUCUCUCGAAUCAUUGCCUCCAAUUACAAAUGAAUCACCAACAUGCUGAGUCACUAGCCUGCUCUCCCCUUCCUCCCCAAAAGCCCCUAUUGAUGCUAUUGAGGCGGAAGCACACACAUGCACACAUGCACUAACAGGCUAACACACACACACACACACAUACAAAAAGUCUCUGGACUAAAAGCUGAGGGGGGGAAACAGCAAUCACAAGCCAAGAAAGAGAACUGGGAUUGAUCCGCCGUUAUAGAGAUUUAUAUUGCGAGAGAAAGUGGUGCGGUAGAUUUAUCAUGUGUAAAUAACUAGCUAUUUGAUUGAUUGAUUGAGUGAUCUGUUGAUUGGUUAGAAUAAUCUUUAUUAUUGUGUUUGAAGUGAGGCACGCAAUCCUACUGUGACUUCUUCCUAAUAGGUUGGCGCGUUUAAGAUACUCUUUCACUACUUUUGUCCAAAUUGAGCAAUUUAACUCACUUCAAUGUGGUUCCUUGGCACCAAGGCUUCACAAGAUGGUGGCAAAUCGCUAAUUUGGUCCAAGUAAAGCUCGAAACGCACUUCAGCAUAGUGCCAAAAUAAAAACAAUGUAUCAAAGAUUUUCACGCCUAGUAAGUCAGUGAACAACUUUUGACUAUGAGCGGGAACAAAUAUUCUAGUAGUGGCCACCAUUGCAGUAUAAAAAUCAACAUUUACAUUCGGAAGUCACUUAGAUAAUUCUUGCAAAAUUCUUAAAAGGUGAAGACCAGUGCAAAGGUCUAGCAGAAGGCCAAUGCCGAUUUGAUGUCUUGCGUUUAAAGUAGGUCACUGACUCGCCUCAUCUCACGCUUCAAUGUACGCCCUAAGCACAUGGCUGACACUGGCAAUUGGCAUUAGACUGGCAGGCAUGCCUUGGUGGCUCGCUCUCUCGCUUUCUUUCUUUCGCUCUCUCUCUCGCUCUCAUUCCCGAGAUGCAUGUGGCACUUCUGUCAAAGCGACUGCUGAUGCUGUCAAACAUUCGCCCCUGCGCUGUCGCACACACCAAGUGAUGGUGAAUUUUAUGGAGGUCUUUUUUAGUGAAAAAGGUUUGUGGUACAUGCAUACAAAUCACUUGACACAAGUACACAACUCACAAGUACACAACUUGGACUUGCACACAUGCAAAUUACUGUAGACAACUCCACACACCUUUUUGACCUCCAUACCAGGGGUCACCAACUCCGGCCCUCAAGGGCACCAAUCCAGCCUCUUUUAGGUGCAAAUGAUCAGCUCAUUAGCAAGCUCUGUUAAGCCUGAUAACGCCACCGCCAUCUUGGAUGUGGCAGGUAAGGCUGCCCCUUAUGUAUGUGCUCUACUUGCAUCUUUGAGUUCCUACUAAAAAACUAUGCAAUUAGUGCAAAACCAAAAUAUCUUACUGGCAGUGAUAUGCAGUACAAUUACAUAUUACGUGUUGUUCCUGAUUAUUUACUAACCGCACACACUUUUCCCCUUAGGAAAUAAAGUAGGUAGGAAUUCAUAAAUUCAGAUUAGCACACUCGUCAGUAUAAAAGAAAACUUAAAAAUAAUUGUGCCUCAUGAGCAAGUAUGCAAUGUUUGAACUUUUUCUUUUUUAGAAUAAAUAUUCUGCAGAUUGAUAAAGGCACACAUUUGCGCACUGAAUGCAAAUUUAGAAUACAUGUUGAGUUUAGUUAUCCUUUCACGAGCGGGUCUGACCAUCAUAACAUCCUAACAACAUAAACAUAUCAUCCUUUUUGCAAAUGUAAUUUGUGGGAGAUUUAAAAAAAAAAAAAUCCUAAAUGCAUUACGGGACCGUGUGGCACAUCCAAUAUGGCGGACGAGCUGACGGACUACAGCUGCGAGCGGAGGCGCUCGAUGAGUCUAUAUAUUGUAGUGUCGACAGAGGGCGCUGUGGUGCACAUUCCCCUUCCAUGUGACACUCAUCUGUCACAGUGGUUGUCCAAAGGAACCGUGGCUUCCAAGCUUCUGCAAAGUUACCAUUUGAUACCAUGUCGCUGUACCGAAAUGCCAUCUGGUUUUUAAACGGAAUGCACCAUUAUACAAGGAAGGGAUAUGAAGCAGCUUCUCAAAACUUUGAGCCCCAGGACCUGGAUGUGUCGGUCGUGGGGAGGUCUUUCAUGGUCACUGGAGCCAAUAGUGGAAUUGGGAAAGCCACCGCCAUGGCUAUAGCCAAGAAAGGUGGGAGAGUGCACAUGGUCUGCAGGAACAAAGAUAAAGCAGAGGAAGCCAAGGUUGAUAUUAUUAAUGAAUCUGGGAAUACUGAGGUGUACGUCCAUAUCGUGGACUUGUCCGAAUCACGCAAAGUGUGGGAAUUUGCAGAAGCCUUCAAGAAGCAGUAUCCGUCUUUACAUGUCUUGAUAAACAAUGCAGGCUGCAUGAUACACAAGAGGGAGGUGAAUGCCGAAGCCCUGGAGAAGAACUUUGCAAUCAAUACGAUGGCAAUGUAUCUUCUCACUGAAAGUCUCAUACCACUUCUACAAAACAACCGGCAUCCCAGGGUGAUCACUGUGUCGUCAGGGGGGAUGCUGGUCCAGAAGCUCCAGACUGAUGACUUGCAGUCAGAGAAAGGAUACUUUGAUGGUCUCAUGGUCUACGCCCAGAACAAGAGACAGCAGGUGGUGCUGACGGAACAGUGGGCCAGAGAGUACCCGGAUAUUCACUUCUCUGUGAUGCACCCUGGCUGGGUCGAUACACCAGCCGUGUCCACGGCGAUGCCUCAGUUCCACAGUAUGAUGGGCCAGAGACUGCGCAGUCCAGAGCAAGGAGCCGACACUGCGGUAUGGUUGGCCCUGUCCAAAGCUGCUGGCGAAACCCCCAGCGGGCAGUUUUUUCAAGAUCGGAAGGCCGUCCCAACCCACCUGCCUCUUGCUUGGACUCGCAGUUCCACAGUGGAGGUUCUGACUUUCAUCUCUCAGAUGGAGAUGCUGGCCACAGCUGUGCAGUCAAAGCCUUUCGUAGUGCUUAGUGAUCCGCUGGGGCCCCAUCGUGUCCCAAGUGUCGUAAAUGUUGAUUAUUAAAAAUAAUUAAAUCAAGUCAUGGAGAAUGAGA